ACUUCUGAUAUGUAAAUGCUUGUAUAAUUAUAAUCAUACGUAUAGCGGGUUAUUUUUGUAUGGUGGAAAUUUUUGUUAAUUUCAUAUUGAAGAGCAUUAUGAAAAUUAAAACUACGAAAUUAUUCUACUGCAAUAGAUUCAACGUCACUAUCCUGAGCUGUAUACAAAAAUUUCCCUCAACGAAAAUUACCUGCUAUAUAUAUGGUAUCAUGCUUGUAUAAAAAUUAAUUAGCUGUAUACACAACUUACCACUGCGGACAUUUUGUCCACUGUACAAUUAUGUCAUCUAUUUAUGUCAUUGUCUUCAUUGACAAAUUGCUUGUCCACCUUCUUUAGCAAAUGAUGUGUUUAGGUGGCUCGCCACAGUUUUGAAUAAGAAUGUCCUUUAAACCUGCAAUUUAAAACGGACAGACAUUCAUGUAAAUGUCAUCUGUCAUAUUAUAUACAUGUAAGUGGGUUAGAUUGAAUUAGAGAGAUUUGCAACAGAGUGGUGCACGUUAUGCUUUUAGCAUUCGUGUUAUGCCCUAUAAACGAGGCUAUUAAACUUUUUGAUGGGUAGCUAUAAUUCUUUUAAAAUAAGAAAGUUGUGUUUCUUCGAGACAUCUCUUUCAGGGCUGUAUAACAUGCCUAUGUAUACUUGCUACUGACUGAUCAGACCCAGUAAAAAAAGAUAUUUCCAAGGUAGGCGUACUGGUGGGCUGAGCACAUGCAGUUAUAUACUUGUAGUUUAUUAGGCACUGUGUGUAGAAAUAGGUAGUGUUGUGAUGGCCUCGAUUAAGCCGCAGCAUAGCGCAGAUGUUAUAUACCUUUGUUUCCAAUCCCUCUAACUUUUCAAUCUAUGGUCAAACAUACCAAUUUUCUUUGUGUCGAUGUGUGCUCCCAUUUCUUUUUCUUCUUCUUUAUAAUUAUGCAUGCAUGUGCAUCGUUCUUCUUUGCCUUUUUGAAAUCGGUGAUUGAAUGUCUUUUUAAUUCUUCCUAAUGUCAUAUUCAUGCCAGCAAAAGAGAAUAACUCUUCUCCUUUCGGAGUAGGUAAAUCAGUUUUCCCUGGUUUCAAGAAACCAUAGUCUCACUUGUUGUUGGAGAUGUGAUGUGACUCGACUAGGGUGCCACCUUCUGCUUGGAUGAAGGAGUGAUGACCCAUUUCUCACUUGUGGGAAGAGUAUAUAGCUGCAACAAAAGCUUCACUGUAUAUUUUCAGCUUGCUUAAUUGAGCUGAACUAGCUAUAUUCUUGCCAGCUGCACAUGGUGUUGCUAUAGCUUUAUGAUGUUGCAAACUUGUCCAGCUACAUGCAGCUGUCUGUUAUCUAGCUAGAUAGAUUAUAGCUAGUAGCUAGCUAUAGCUACUCUUUUAGGACAACCACGUAUCAACUUGCUGUCAGCACUGACCGUACCAUUUAUAGAAGUGUCCCAAGCUAACAAGUAAAUUGUUCCAUAGCUACCUCUGCACAAGAAUCACCUACCAGCAGUCAUGUUUGUCGAAUGUAAAUAUCUGUCCUAGACUCUAGAACAUAAUUAUUUGGUUGUCCGAUGAUUCUUAUUUCAAAUGGGAACAGUUUUUGGACACUGGAAUUGGGAUACAGUACCAACCUUACCUCUUCAAUUUGCUCUGACAACGCUUCAGCAGGGAAAAAUGACUGUAACUUAGCAUACAAACAGAGGAGUUUAGUUAUCCACGAGUUUGGACAUGCCUUAGGGAUUGAGUAUGAUGAACACCAGCGCUCUGACUUCUGGAAGGAUGCCGAAAAGCUCUUAGAUUUGGACGAAGGCCUGAAACCAAUUCAUAAGCCACAGAGUAAAAACACUUGUGUCCGAGUCGAUAGAAACAAAGCAGCGUCUGUAAUCAAAUCAUCGAUGCAUGAUCCCUCGAGCGUUAUGCACUACUCAUGCUAUCUUGACAUCCCCUCUGUCUUUGGGAAAAAGUAUCUCGAUGAGAGAAGUGCAUGGUUAUGGAAGGAACCUUCAAAAAUAAACUUCGAGAAACUGCUAGAAGCUUACAAGGAUGUCAAUCCACCCCGCAGCAUUGAUCUAAAGAUGGUUCAAGCCUCACCUAGUAUCCACAAUUGUCAGCCUGAUCAGAGCGAUGUGCUUCAGGAGAGAAGAUUGUUACCAUGCUCUCCCAUUCACACAUGGGCAGGAAAAAAAGUUCUCCAAGUGUAUUUCAUCAACCCUGAUAUCCUUGAAAAGAGUGUUAGCAUUGCCAAGAUCAUGUCGUGGGCAUCUACCUGGAAUUCUCCUGCAUAAGCGAGGCCACUGAACACACUG